CGUCAUGGCGGCUUCCUGAGCCCUAGGGCGAGGGUUCCGCGUGGGACUUCAGACCAGUGUCGUGGCGGGUUUUUUGCUGGCUUAUCGUGCUGUGGAGGGAAGCAGAGCAAGCUGGGAGAAGAACUUUCUGGGUUGGUGCCGUUGCUGAUCCCUGGCACUCAUCCAUGUGCAUCCCAGGGAUAGCAUGGGCCCAGCCAUGGACGAGGUCACCUUCAAAAGCGACACUGUGCUGUCAGAUGUCCACCUGUACACCCCCAACCAGAGGCACCUCAUGGUGCGGCUGAAUGGCAUGGGGCAGCCAGUCUUCCUGUCCCAGUUCAAGCUCUUGUGCAGUCGGGACUCUUGGACAGACUCGGGGGCUGAGGACAGUGGUCCCAGAGACGUCCCCACAGAGGAGACGCCUCCUGCUGGGUCAGGAAGUGGCCACAGUCAUGAGGAUUUGUCCCUCCAGGCUGGGGAUGACAACACCAUCCAGGAAGGGUUGAGUGUUCCCCUGGACGAGGAUGGAGACCUGGAUGUGGUCCGAAGACCACGGGCUGCCUCUGAUCCCAGCCCAGCAGAGCCCGCAAGAGACAAGGUACACCCCACGAUUCUAGCACAGGAGGAAGAUGACCUCGUGGGAGACCAAGCGCACGAGAGCUGCCCCCACCGCAUCAUCAAAAUAGAGCACACCAUGGCCACGCCCCUGGAGGAUGUAGGCAAGCAGGUGUGGCGGGGUGCCCUUCUCCUGGCAGACUAUAUCCUGUUCCGAAGGGACCUCUUCCAGGGUUGCACCGUGCUGGAGCUUGGGGCAGGCACAGGGCUCGCCAGCAUCGUGGCAGCCACGAUGGCACACACCGUUUACUGUACAGAUGUCGGCACAGACCUCCUGGCCAUGUGCCAACGAAAUGUUGCCCUCAACAGCCACCUGGCUGCCACUGGAGGUGGCGUGGUUAAGGUCAAGGAGCUGGACUGGCUAAAGGAUGACCUCUGCACAGAUCCCAAAGUCCCCUUCAGCUGGUCAGAAGAAGAAAUCGCUGACCUGUAUGACCACACCACUGUGCUGCUUGCAGCCGAAGUGUUCUACGACGAUGACUUAACCAACGCUCUGUUUAACACACUCUCCCGACUGGUCCACAGACUGAAAAAUGCCUGCACCGCCAUCUUGUCAGUGGAAAAAAGGUUCAACUUCACAUUGAGACACUUGGACGUCACAUGUGAAGCCUAUGAUCACUUCCGUGCCUCCCUGGACUCACUGGAGAAGCUGGCUGAUGGCGGGCUGCGCUUCAUGGUGGAGCCUGUGGAGGCCUCCUUCCCGCAGCUGCUCGUCUAUGAACGCAUCCAGCAGCUGGCUCUGCCUCCUAAAGGUUUCACACCCUUCCCGACCAGUGUGUCCAGAUGGGAUCCAAGUAUUCAGUCACAGGAACUUGUGGGAGACAUUCCCAGUUGAAACCACCACGAGGCAGAGGGUCACUCGGGAAGCAGUAAGUCAGUGGGAAGGAUGCGGGAGUGCUGAGGACAGUAGGCCGGGCCUCGCCGAGGCCUGGUGAAAGCAGGAAGAGGGUGUUUGUCCGGCUCACAGUUUGAGGACAGCCCCUCACAGCAGGGAGCUGCAGGAGCUGGAACCUUGCGUCUGCAGUCAAAGCAGAGAUGGGCGGCGGUGCUCAGUGUGCUUUCUCGUUUGUAUUAAAUCAGUGGCCAGCCCUCAGGACAGCGCCACCCACGCCACCCACGUACAGGAUGAGCCUUCCCGCUUUAAUUUACCAAUCUAGAGACU